AUGCCAGCCCCAUCACUGCUUCAUCUGGCCACAGCCACAGCUAUCCGCUUUGUCAAAGACCUAGAUGAUCUAGGCGCUAUGCCAUACUCUCUUGCGCGUCCUAUCUUGCUUAAUAUCCAUAAUCCCGAAAAGCUGCACGCUAUGGAGCUCGCAUCCCCCCAUUUUGCCGAAGAAGAUGAAGAGCUAUGGCUUGAGCUCAUUAAACGAGACAUUCCCGAUUGGGAGAAGUACCAACUUCCGGAAAAUACGAACAACUGGUAUGGGGUGUACUGUGAUCUCUGUGACCAAGUGCAACGUUCACUUGACGCAGAUGCGGAGAGAAUGAAGAUGGCGAUUGAUGGCAUUAGUGCCAAGCGUGCACUUCUCACUCCUAAACUCAUCCCUGAGGGCAGGGGCUUACGCAUGGCUGGAUCCCGACCCUCUGUACGACAACGUCAUGCUACAUAUGAUCGUAGGAUGGUUGGUCAUGACAAGAAGCCCAGCAUAUUCCAGCCGCAGAAGCGCAACACUGCGCUCACAAUGCCUACGAAGUCUCUCAACAACCGUGCGUCGCAAGUUAAGCGUGCACCGAUCGGCUUGGUUGAAGAACACCGCCGCCCCACCGCCGAGCAGUCUGCACCACAGCCGAUGUCAAAGCCGCAACCACUUGCCCCACGUAUUAGCCGCCCCAGCAUGCUUCCGCCCUCCCUCCAGCACCCUAUGCUGGCUCGGAAUGAGGCGCGACUACGUGCGCUGACUUCCACCGCCUCUGCCUCAUCUUCCUCCCACUCAUCCCGUGUUGCAUCUAGCAGCAAUGCGCCUAGCGCAAAAAAGUCGCCAGGGGUGGCCACUGAGCACAAACUAAAGCGCCGUGCGACCUCCCCCCCUCAUAGUACAGAGACACCUUCUUCUUCCUCCUCUUCUUCAUCAACAUCAUCCCUCCCUGCCCCUCCCAUCUCUUCUCUUCCUUCCUCCCGCCCGCCUUCCUCCGGGCCUCCUCUUCCUCGACCGGGCGUCAUUCGCCGACGCCCGGCACCGAGCAUUUUCAUGCCUGCAAAACGACGAAAUUAG